CUCUUCUCUCUUAACAAACAUGUACGAGGGAAAGAGACUCAAGAUAUUCGAGGCCAUCAAUGGGUCAACAAUACAUCAAUCACUUAAUACAACAUCUGCAACCACCCAGACUGCUAUAUCCCGGUGUCAGAUAAACUAUGUCCGAGAUCCAGGAUUUGCUCUGGAAACCCUUCGAAGCCUUAUCCAACCUGAAAUAAACUUAAGGAUACAGAAAGUUCUAACCGAGAUAUCUGAGACUCAUUUUAAGCCUGCAAUUCGUAAUCUUAAACUCAAUCUCGGAGAAGAGAACGUAAACUCCAGUGCUCUGGAGGAUAUUCUCAUCUCAGCUCUAGAAACCGCAAAGGAGAUCUACCUUCCUAAGAAUGAUCCUAAAAGACAGCGGAGUGGGAAAUGUCCGAAUCAAGUUCUUAAAAGAUCGUUCUCUGGAACCAGUAACUCUCCUGUUACUAAGAAGAGUAUGGUAAUCAAAUCAGGUUUAGGACGACCCAACACAGACUUAAUCCUAGUUAAUAAAGCCGGCAGACCGGUGCGAAGGGAAGGGCCUAAAUGGGAACCGGAAAGGCUUAGUACAGACACGCUCUUCAUUCUAGGGUCUAGAGCUAAUAAGGCUCUUGGAUUCGGACAGACCCGGGGUAGGUUGUACAUAAAGCACCCUGAGCUAUUCAAGUACUCUGGAGACCAGACGGAUAAGGAAUGGUUAGCCAAGGCCAAUCUAAUGGCUACUACUGGAGGAAAGGCUUAUCUUAUGGUGCUCAGAGAUAUUCUGGACCUGGCGGAGUCUCCUGAGUAUUCGUCCCAUCCGAAACAACAGCCAGGAGAACUGGUUGGGUUUACAGUCCCUGAAUGGAUGAUUGAGAAGAUGAAAACCUAUAUUGAAAAUGCAAAAACUAACCCUGACACGACGGACGAGGAGUUGCUGAGAAUUGCGGAGGAGUACGCUGAGAUGGAGGAGGAGGGUCGCAAAAUCCGGAGAGAAGAGAUCAGUCUUGAAGAGGAACUCAAGAGAGGAAGAAUGCGACGUGAAGAUGAAAUGAGUUUGGAUCGACUAAUCUGUGAGACGGACUCCGGACAGAAUGUUGAUCAGCUUCUCAAUGACAUUAAGCAUGAGACUGUAGAUGACGAUCUUCAGAACCUAGAUCCUGGUUUUCUCCAGGGAAUGAAUCUGCACAACCUUGUCAGAGAGUUUGAGAUGGAUACAGGGGGAGGAUCAGAACUUAACCUUCUUGCUCUAGCUGAUGAUUCUCUUCCUUUUAAGAACUAGUAAUCUCUAACUAGGGUAUUUCAGCUAGUUCAAUAGUUUAAUUAAUUCACGAAGAUAAGGUUAACUAAGAACACUGACCUUGAAGUCUACGCAUUUGUUAUCUUUAUUCUUAAACCUGGCCUAACGUAUAAAUUUCAAUAUACUGAAGUGCAAACCGGAUAUAUAAUAUUGUAUAAAUUCGUCAAUUUAUACGUUUUUAUAACUUGUUCAUUAUUUUUUAAGCACUUAUUAAUAGUUAUGCUUCUUAUUGACAUUAGUACUAUGAUAAUUUCUUCAAUGUGCAUUAAAUUUCUUCAAGUAAAUUUGUAAUCUAAAAAUUUGGAACGAGAUGUAAAAUAAAGAGUUUUGUGAUUAAU